CCAUGGCUCUGACAGGUACCUGGUCCACGCUCCUCCUGCCCCUCUUCCUGCUGGGGGCUGGCCUGGCCCUGGCCAACAAGCAUCCCUGGGACGAGCAGAACGACAGAUUCCUCCUGCGGCACUGGAACUACCCCAGGAGCGAGGCCCCCAACGGCACCUACUGCCAGGCCAUGAUGCAGCGCCGGGACCUGUCGGGCCAGGACUCCAACACCUUCAUCCACGCGCCCGCGGGCUCCAUCAACAGCAUCUGCAGCCUGGGUGGCAGGCCCGGCCUGCCCAACCAGCGGCGCAGCGUGGCACCCUUCCACCUCACGCUCUGCGCCCUCAACGCCACCAGCCACGCCUACACCGAGACACGCUACCACCGCAGGGUCGUCCUCGCCUGCUGGAGAGGGCUCCCCGUGGACUAUGUGAAGCACAUCUAGGGCCCGGCGCCGGGCCGGAGGGGGACACGGCGGCUUCCUCCUGCCCCCUUGUCCCUUCCCCGCCGGCCACGCUCCCAGCGUCUCGCCUGCCACUUAC